GUAAUCACAGAAAUUACAAUAGACCUAGCAAAUUCCAGAAAUUUCUGCAUCAUUUAAUACAAAUGAAUGCUCCAGAGUUGUGUAUAUUCGACGCCUUCUAUCUCAAAUACCUUAGCAUCGCUGUUCCACUGGUCUAUUAAUAACCACGAGACUUUUACUGGAAGGGAAAAUAGUUUGUCCCUGAUCGGAUUUGUCACCUGCAAUGUAAACGUUGAAGCUAGUCUUCAUCGUUGCAAAUCAAUGCUCUUGCAUCACAGGUUAUGGUUUAUUUGCACACGGCAUGUGGUGUUCUUUAAAAUUAUAUAUUAUACGACAGUAUUAUUUGUUACGCCCUCUUAUCAAAUAACAGUAAUAUUUUAGCCAAAUUGGAUCAUAUCUGCUUUCGUGUGCUACCGUCAUCUCGCGGUAGUUUAUGGAACUGCAGCCGGUUGAUGUGUGUGCAGAUCGUGCUGUUGGUGGUUAUAUUUGUAGUAAAAUAGUGAUAAAAGUCUUCAAAAGCGCAUAGUGGUGGUGUCUUUAAGUUGUCUGAGCACCUGCAAAAGGGCUGGUGCGUUUUAUGGAUCCCAGUAUAGGUUGGUUUCAGCCAGAGCAAGACGGACCAUCGAAAGUGCUGUGGACACGCAUUUGGGAAGCCCAAAAGGGGCUUGAUAGUAUGAAUAUUAUAGAUACUAGUCCAGCAAUAGGACAGAAAGGACAGGAUUACAUUCAUUUAGAUAGUUUAACGAACAAUGAAGAUUUUCAUGAUCGUGUGAUAAAUAAUAAUACGUACUACAAGCGCACACGCAGGAAAAGGAAAAAUCGUGCAAGUACUUAUGGCAUGAACUUUAACCAGGCGUCGUUGGUUGGUGAGCACGGUGGUUGCCCAUGGAGAAAUUCUAAUAAAACCUACGGCCGUGGUGUCAUCGGUCUUCAUGAAGAGAUCGAGGACUUUUACGAGUACAUGAGUCCAACGCAAGCAGAACAUGAGCUUCGCCUUAGUGUGGUUCGAAAGAUUAAAAAAGUUAUCCGUAGUUUGUGGCCAGAUUCAACAGUUGAAAUAUUUGGAAGUUUCAGGACAGGCCUUUAUCUCCCAACAAGUGAUAUAGAUCUGGUUGUGAUUGGCAAAUGGCAGACCCUUCCACUUCGGACGUUGGAACAAUCGUUGUUGGAACACAACAUUGCAGAACCAUCAUCAAUUAAAGUUCUUGACAAGGCUUCGGUACCAAUAGUAAAGCUGAAAGAUCGGGAGUCGGACAUCAAGGUUGACAUCAGCUUUAACAUGAGCAAUGGUGUGAAGUCUGCAGAGCUCAUAAAGGACUUCAAAGAGCGCUUCCCAGUUUUGCCAAAGCUAGUCCUUGUACUAAAACAGUUCCUUUUACAGAGAGAUUUAAAUGAGGUUUUCACUGGUGGUAUCUCAUCUUACAGUCUCAUACUCAUGACGAUUAGCUUCUUGCAGUUGCAUCCACGUCAGAAUGCGUAUAGCCCAAACGCUAAUCUUGGUGUGCUGCUAAUUGAAUUUUUUGAGCUGUAUGGCCGUAAAUUCAAUUACAUGAAGACUGGCAUUCGCGUUAAGAAUGGAGGCACCUACAUCUCAAAGGAAGAGGUGCAGCGUGAUAUGGCAGAUGGACAACACCCUUCACUUCUUUACAUUGAAGACCCACUAACACCUGGGAAUGACAUAGGACGCAGUUCAUAUGGUGCACUGCAAGUAAAGCAGGCUUUCAGUUAUGCUUAUAUUGUGCUUACACAAGCUGUGAAUCCACUUAAUCACCUCAUCUAUGAUGCUAACAAGGCCAGUAUUCUAGGCCGAAUCAUCAGGGUGACUGAUGAAGUGAUCCAGUAUAGAGCAUGGAUCCGGGAAAAUUUUCCCGUAUCAUCUACAGAGACUGAAGGAGAGCACGAGCCUGAGGCUGAACCUGAAGCCGAGCCUGAAGCAGAAGCAGAGGAAUCCUUAAGCUCGUGCAGUGAUCAGUCAACUCUGGAUACUGGAGAUUCAAGUUUAACUUCCUCCAGCGAUUCGGUGGGUCAGCUACCGCUCCCGUUUGGAUUCAGAAAGCAGCAGAAGUUCGUCGAGGCGGGAAGUGACCAGUGUUCAGUACGAAAAUCUUCCAAACCAUGCAACAGGGUUAGACUUCGAACAGAUAGUUGGAGUCGGUCGGAGAUAUCGUCACCUGUCAAGGGGCAUGACAACAACACGGGGCUGGCCCCGACACACAAGACACUACUCCCCGUCUGCAGUGACAACACAGCAACAACAUCGAGUAACACAACAGAUGUCCUACCAUCCCACUGGUGUUCACCAGACAGUAGUGCCAUCUCUACAACAACAGCAGCAACAACAGACUGCACCUCCCACGACCAACAACAUUCAUCGAGGCCGUGCCAGCAAGCGGCGCAAGAGCGGACUUCCUCUACGGAACGGAGCCGUCCCCCCUCCGCCCCCGACCUCAACCGAGCGGUACGCCCGGUGAGGCCCAGUGAUGGCGCCCGUCCUCGUGGGUCUACACCUGGCCGACGUGUCCGAAUUUUUGCCCGCAGUCGGGCGUCGUGUGUCGCUUGACCUCUCUUCCUCACUUUGCAACCAUGUGCCAAGUGUUGGGCGGAACUAGUUAAAAGUUCUUGCUGUUGGCAGGUGCAUUGACUGAGCUCUUGAAGUUGCAAAUCUACUUGCAACACUUUGAGAUGCACUUACGUGUGGGGCCACAUGUACCCUUGUGUGAUUAGACUGUUUUGAACAUGAUAAUCUUCAAUAAGUCUUAUUUAUAAAUGACUCGAGAAAAAAAAUGUGAGCCAUCGUGUACGUGUCUGUGUGAGCGCAUGCUUGAAAUGUGUGAAUGGGUGAGUAUUCUGUGUGGACAGUAACUGAAGAAGACAAUUCAGUGUAGUAUCGUGAAAACACAUUUAUAUCUGUGUAUUUAUGAGCUUGUAAUUUGUCAUGUUCCUUUUCUUCUUUUUCUUUUUUCUUUUUUUGUGAGUAUGUAUUCCAAGGCAUCUGCACUAGAAACCAACAGACUUGAAAUUUCAUGACCUAAGGGCUUCAGUGCAUUUAUUGUAGCAGCACAUGUGGUUGUCUUGUCUCUGGCAUCUUUGUGAUGUCACCAAUUGCCUCUUUUUCUGUACCACAACAAUUGUUUACCAAAGUUAUAAACUGAUCUUCUCAUGAAACCAUAGUUAAAAGUGAACAGCUGAAUUUUGGAGCAAGCGGUUCUGUAAAUGUGCUUCCAGUAAGUUACAUAUGUUUGAUAUUUUUAUGUAACAUUAAUUUUAUAGAUUAUCCCGGUAUAUGCAAAGGCACAAAAAAAUCCCUGAUUUUAUUUACCAGGACAGUGUAUUAUUUCUUUACACUAGCUUUCACAUGAAAGACGCUUCAAUUUUUUAGCACUCAAGAAAUCAUUAUAGUUAUGGCUGUGUCGCAGUGAAUGUGUGCAAACAAGAGCAGUUUAUAAUCUUUUUACUAAUAGCUGUUACAGCUUAUUACCACACAAUAAAAGUUGUUUAACUUAUUUUAAA